CGGCCACCCGGUGCUCCUUCGCGACGGUUCGGCCGGGUGCCGCUGGCGGCCGUUGCCAGGGUAGGGGUCGCUUUGCGGCAUGGCGAUGGCGGAGGGCGAGCGGACUGAGUGUGCUGAGCCCCGCCGGGACGAACCCCCGGCUGAUGGCGCUCUGAAGCGGGCAGAGGAGCUCAAGACUCAGGCCAAUGACUACUUCAAAGCCAAGGACUACGAGAAUGCCAUCAAGUUCUACAGCCAGGCCAUCGAGCUGAACCCCAGCAAUGCCAUCUACUAUGGCAACCGCAGCCUGGCCUACCUGCGCACCGAGUGCUAUGGCUACGCGCUGGGAGAUGCCACGCGGGCCAUCGAGCUGGACAAGAAGUACAUCAAGGGUUAUUACCGCCGGGCUGCCAGCAACAUGGCACUGGGCAAGUUCCGGGCCGCACUGCGAGACUACGAGACGGUGGUCAAGGUGAAGCCCCACGACAAGGAUGCCAAAAUGAAAUACCAGGAGUGCAACAAGAUCGUGAAGCAGAAGGCCUUUGAGCGGGCCAUCGCGGGUGACGAGCACAAGCGCUCCGUGGUGGACUCACUGGACAUCGAGAGCAUGACCAUUGAGGAUGAGUACAGCGGACCCAAGCUUGAGGACGGCAAAGUGACAAUCACUUUCAUGAAGGAGCUCAUGCAGUGGUACAAAGACCAGAAGAAACUGCACCGGAAAUGCGCCUACCAGAUUCUGGUACAGGUCAAAGAGGUCCUCUCCAAGCUGAGCACGCUCGUGGAAACCACACUCAAAGAGACAGAGAAGAUUACAGUAUGCGGGGACACCCAUGGCCAGUUCUAUGACCUCCUCAACAUAUUCGAGCUCAACGGUUUACCCUCGGAGACCAACCCCUAUAUAUUUAAUGGUGACUUUGUGGACCGAGGCUCCUUCUCUGUAGAAGUGAUCCUCACCCUUUUCGGCUUCAAGCUUCUGUACCCAGAUCACUUUCACCUACUUCGAGGCAACCACGAGACAGACAACAUGAACCAGAUCUACGGUUUCGAGGGUGAGGUGAAGGCCAAGUACACAGCCCAGAUGUACGAGCUCUUUAGCGAGGUGUUCGAGUGGCUCCCGUUGGCCCAGUGCAUCAACGGCAAAGUGCUGAUCAUGCACGGAGGCCUGUUCAGUGAAGACGGCGUCACCCUGGAUGACAUCCGGAAAAUUGAGCGGAAUCGACAACCCCCAGAUUCAGGUCCCAUGUGUGACCUGCUCUGGUCAGAUCCACAGCCGCAGAACGGGCGCUCGGUCAGCAAGCGGGGCGUGAGCUGUCAGUUUGGGCCUGACGUCACCAAGGCCUUCUUGGAAGAGAACAACCUGGACUAUAUCAUCCGCAGCCACGAGGUCAAGGCCGAGGGCUACGAGGUGGCUCACGGAGGCCGCUGUGUCACCGUCUUCUCUGCCCCCAACUACUGCGACCAGAUGGGGAACAAAGCCUCCUAUAUCCAUCUCCAGGGCUCUGACCUACGGCCUCAGUUCCACCAGUUCACAGCAGUGGUGAGUCACUCCUCAGGGCCCUCGCCCCUCCCAUCCUGGCCUGGGGACAAGGAGGCUGAGACCCUGGUAAGGGGCAGGGGUAGGUUCCACCAGUGGGUGCUCUGGGGCUGUGUUCUGACUUCUGUCCAUCCUACCUGCCCUGGUUCCACAGCCUCAUCCCAACGUCAAGCCCAUGGCCUACGCCAACACGCUGCUGCAGCUGGGAAUGAUGUGAGGAGGCGGGCGGGGCGGCCUGCACCCCAGGGACCCUCCACUCCCACCGGACCUGGGCCCUGGGCCCGGGGCAGAGCAGGCCCCGCCCCAGGGCAACGUUGGACCCCCUUUUACUUUGUAAAGUUUGUAUUUAUUCCCCUUUAGGUUUGCAGAGGGGGUAGGGGCAGAGUCAGGGGCUGGCCAGAGGGUCUGCUCCCUGGACAGAGAGGAAGGAGGUGGAGCAGCUGGGGCUGGGGGCACAGCCCUGGCAUUCUGUAGGGAGGCCAUCCUCGGGGUGGGGUGGGGCUGAGUGGCUGCCCUGCCCCCCUCGUUUGCAUGGCUCCUCCCCCACUCAAGCAAUAGGGCCCUGCCAUAGAAAGACCCCCAGAGAGAGGGUCAGCAGGGGGGCCCCGCCUGCGCCUCCCCUCCUAUAGCCCCAUGGUGGGGCUAGGCUGGGGCUCACCCCCCUCCCCAGCUAUUUUAUGUCUGUAAUUAAAUAUGUUAAAAUAAAGUCAUUAUCGGAAGUCA